GUUAAAGAGACAACACAGGAUAAACACUGAUCCCGUCUUUUGUCCCGCGGGGCAGUUAUGUGGGUAAUGAGAGUAAAAAAAGGGAAAUUCUGGAUCACGUGAUAGAGCGGGCGUGUGAGUUCUUGUCACACCUUUCCGGUGAAGCUGGUAACGGGUUGUGUUGUGAGUAGUGUGCUCCCCGGGAGAGAGAGAGAGAGAGACGGGGGUGAAAAAGUGCGUGGACAAAACGGACCGGUAACGCGGGGAUUAAUAAUAAUAAUAAUGGUAAUGGCGGAACCGGUCAGUUGUAGUCCCGUUGAAUCUGUCUGACUUUACCGGGAAUAGUUCCAAGCCUACCCGGUAACUUUUCAUUCCAGAGAGAGUUGGGAAGAUAUUUCUGAUUAUUGUAGAAUAAUGUUGUUUAUUUAACUAGUGCUCCGUUUUUUAAAAACAUUUAUUUAUUUUUCCGGUUACUGUUCGGUGGGUCUCAAACCAUGGCGUUAUCACAAAUCCAAUGUUUGGAUGAGAAUAACGUGAAUCUCCGGACGAAUGAAUCUAAACCGGAUUUUUUUUAUUCCGAGGAACAACGUUUAGCGCUCGAGAUUCUCCUCCGGGAUGGAAGCGAUGCUUUUAAUAAAUUCCUCCACGCGAACAAUCUCCGCUGUUUCCUUUCGGACCAAGAGGUGGACCGUUUGACCCGGUCAGUAGAGGAAGUGGACGACCCGGAAUCAGAACUCAGUCGGGUCGUUGACUCAGACAGUGAUGAACUCCCGGUGUCUCUUCAAUACUGGCCGGAGCUUUCUGACUGCUCGCUCCCGCGGCUGGACCUCGGAUGGCCGGACUGCGCGUCCUACAGAGGAGUGACUCGCGUCACUGUGUACGCGCAGCCGCCACUGGACGGUUACGCGCACAUCAAAGAGAUGGUUAGGAAAACCAUCGCGCAGGCGCAGAAGGUGAUUGCGGUGGUGAUGGACCAGUUCACGGACGUAGAUAUCUUCAGAGACCUUCUGGAGGCAUGCUUUAAAAGGAAAGUGUCUGUCUACAUCCUGUUGGAAAGAGCAGCGUUACCUCACUUCCUGUCUAUGGCUGAGAGGGCUGCCAUGCAUCCCGGGCACCUGAAGAGCCUGCGUGUGGGUGUGACAGGAGGAGCAGAGUUCCUCAGUAGGUCGUGUUCCAGGGUGAGAGGACGUCUGGGUCACAGGUUCCUGUUGGUAGAUGGAGACAAGGCUGUUUCUGGAUCGUACAGUUUCACCUGGACGGCGUCUCGUUUGGACAGACACCUGGUCACCUUGGUAACGGGCCAGGCGGUUGACUCCUUUGACCAGCUGUUCCGUGACCUCUACCUGACCUCCAGCGGGGUCGACCUCCGCGGGGUCACCAUGGAGACGGAGCCGGAGCCGGAGCCCCUCCCCAAGGCCAGCCCUGUCGCUUCUCUCUCCGCAGCUAACGCCAGGAAGCUGUUCAGCCCUAAAUACGCCCUGGUGAUCGGCGACGCUAACGCUAACGCUAGCGGCGCCAGCCCCGUCUCCUCCGGAAAGAACUCCAACUCCCAGAACCCCUUGAAAACAAAGGGGCGUGUCCCGGAGCCAGUGGAAGCCGCGCCCCUCCACCCGGGAUUAGCCUGUCUGGAGAAAGCGUACCUGAUUCCGUACCUGCCCACCUGGCCCGAACCCGACCCCCCCAGAGACGUCAUCGGGUUCAUUAACGUGCGGGACGCGUCGCGGCCGACCCAGGUGCACCUGCAACGCUCCGAGAGGUUCGAGACGAGCCAGGCGAUACGCUUCAGCAGUCCCUUUGCCCUGCCCAAUGAGGAGCCACUUCCUGACAGGGCUGUGCCUAGACCUACCCCUACCCUUAACUCUACCCCUAAUCCUAACUCUACCCUUAACUCUACCCCUAUCCCUAACUCUACCCUUAACUCUACCCCUACCCCUAACUCUACCCUUAACUCUACCCCUACCCCUAAAUCUACCCCUACCCCUAAAUCUACCCCUAAAUCUACCCCUAACUGUACCCCUAAAUCUACCCCUAAAUCUACCCCUAACUGUACCCCUAACUCUAUUCCCUACCCCACCUCCCCCACUCUCCCCAGUCCCGUAUGCCCCUCCCUUACCUUCACCCCAGUCCCUAAACCCCGGACGGUGCAGUUGGUCAUGAGGAGCGGGAGUGGUCAGGACCUAUGUGGAGUCAGAGUGGUCAAGAAGACAGACAGUCUGGAGCUAACUGGACCACAAACAGACUGUCUGAAUGGAACUGGACUGUGGCUAGACUGUGAGACCGCACUGCGAACUCAGAGUGACUGUGAGACCGCACUGCGAACUCAGAGUGACUGUGAGACCGCACUGCGAACACAGAGUGACUGUGAGACCGCACUGCGAACACAGAGUGACUGUGAGACUGCACUGCGACCCCAGAGUGACUGUGAGACCGCACUGCGAACACAGAGUGACUGUGAGACCGCACUGCGAACACAGAGUGACUGUGAGACCGCACUGCGAACACAGAGUGACUGCGAGACCGCACUGCGAACACAGAGUGACUGUGAGACCGCACUGCGAACACAGAGUGACUGUGAGACCGCACUGCGAACACAGAGUGACUGUGAGACCGCACUGCGAACACAGAGUGACUGUGAGACCGCACUGCGAACACAGAGUGACUGUGAGACCGCACUGCGAACACAGAGUGACUGUGAGACCGCACUGCGAACACAGAGUGACUGCGAGACCGCACUGCGAACACAGAGUGACUGCGAGACCGCACUGCGAACACAGAGUGACUGUGAGACCGCACUGCGAACACAGUGA